CAUCUACCCUCUUUCUCUCUCUCAAUUGUAACCUAAUUAUUCCCUUUUACUUCAAUCAUGCCAGAAUUGCCAUCGUCUUCUUACUUUUCUCCCUCCCUUUUGCUCUAAACCCAAUCGCUUCCUUCAAUCGACAUCAGAAAGGGUCACUGCAUCGAUUUCAUACAUCAAAUCGAAGAAUUGUUAUGGCAACGAUAAUAGGGUUCUUGGGUUCUGCUGCUGCUCUUUCUAAGUGUACCUUAUCUCUGCCUCACUACCAACUGGUCUCUUCUCCAUCGUCAUUCCCCACAAACUCAUCCGCCUUCAAUCUCUCACAUGACUUAUGUUGUGCGAAGAAGUGAAGAACACCAACAAGGCAAGCAAUCAGGCCAUCUGCCCUCAUCGGUCUCUCUAUCUCGACGGUGUUUAAACAAGUGGAAGGGAUUGAAGAAAUUUAUGAAUCCUUCAAGGUCUGAAACUGCACCAGUAAGAAGGGACUACAACAUCAAAUGGUUACUUAUGAUUAUCAAUCUCUUUUUGUCUGCUUCAAACCUGCGUGACAUUGAGGUAAAGUUAUUAAAGGGCUUAUCUGGACAUCAACACAUGGUCCAGUUCCAUGAUGCAUUUGAAGAUGAUCAGAACAUAUACAUAGUUAUGGAGCUGUGUGAAGGGGAGAACUCCUUGACCGAAUUUUAUCCAGAUGGAAGCUUGAGCACAGUGGAGACUUUGGCUUCUACUGCUAUAUGUGGCAUCUUACACUCGAUUCUUGGUGGUCAACCUCUUCUUAUACUUGGAGUUGCAGAGCCUACAAUCAUUAUGUAUUCAUACUUGUAUAAUUUUGCGAAAGGGAGACAAGAUUUUGGUCAACAACUAUUCUUAGCUUGGGCAGGAUGGGUAUGUACAUGGACAGCCCACAGCCCUACUCUUCUUUCUUUUGGCGAUUUUUAA